GGGAAGGCGCGUCGUGGGAUAAAUUACUUUUCGCUCCUACAGUCCUUUAUGUCCCCAUUGAAACUUCCUUUCAAAGAACAGGGUGUCUCCUCCCAGCUGGAGACAAUAAUCUAUUUUUUUUUUUAAAACACCUCCCCAGGCCUCCAGGCAAUUAAAGUUCCUGCUCGUUUAUAAUCAUCACCGAGUUCCAAGGCUUUAUUGUUCAUUCCAGAAAUAAAUACCGGUAGUUCUCCUGCUCACACGCACACACGCAGAGCGAGCCAGCUCUGCCACAGGCAAACGCUCCUCUCUCUUGCACCUGGCAAGCACAACCAUGUCCUUCAGCCACCUGAAGUUCAAGGAGCUAGGGGAAGAGGAGUCGAACUCAGACAAGGAGAACCUGGACAGCGUGAAGGCCCUGACGGCCAAGCUGAAGCUGCAGACUAGGAGGCCUUCCUACUUGGAAUGGAAGGCCCACGUGCAGAGCCAGUCCUGGAGGAAUGGGGUCACGGAGGGAGCCAUCAGCUCGCUGAAUGAAGAGCAGGGCGGAGAGGUGUUUCUGGAGGGGACUCAAGCCGACCUGCCGUCCAGGAGCAUCUGUGGGUUUGCCACCAUGGACGAUGCCCUGGAGUGGCUCAGAAAGGAGCUGCAGGAGAUGCAGGCUGUGGAUCACCAGCUGGCGCGGCAGCUGAUGCGGCUGCGGGGGCAGAUUCACCAGCUGAAGGUGGAGCAGGUGUGCCACCAGCACAAGGAGAUGCUGGACAAUGCCACCUUUGGCCUGGAGGACUGUGAGGAGGACACAGACCUGCUCUGCAACAUUCCUCCCAAGGCCGCCUUCUUGCUCUCCACGCCACUCAAGCACAUUGGCGUCACACGCAUGAACAUCAACUCCCGGCGCUUCUCCCUCUGCUGAGGGCCCUGGCCUCCUGCCCAGGGCUGUUUGGGCAGGGCACCUCUUCACGGCAGGGAGCAUUAGCAGGGACCCCUCGCCGCGCCCCAAACCUGGCCCAUGUGCAUGCGCGUACCUAGAAGCUCAGGCUGAAGGCUCAGGUCCUGAGCUGGUGGGUCGGGUUAUAUACAGGCGUAGUGUUCAGCCCAGUUACGGUGGCCGAGGGAAGUGGUGAGUGUACAGCGUAUUCCCCCCUCCCUGAUGACUGGUGUUGCAGGUCUGUGGGCUAGCAGGGCUGCCACCUCCCGUCAGAUGCCGCAGCCUGCCACCCGACCCUCUCCUGCCAUUCACAGCUGCCUCUGGCCAGUCCCUGCAGCGUCCCGCGCUGGAUACCGCAGCCAGCUAGAACCAAACCUGACCGAACCGAGGCUGGGCUAACGUGCUGCAUGGAUUGCCUGGCACCAGAGAUGCAGAGACCUGCCAAGUCUGCAGUGCUGAGCCCCCCAGGCCCAGGUGGAGCUCAGCGCGGCCCCUUGAGGAACCGGAGCCUGUGACUGGUUUCAGUCCCCGCAGCAGCCAUGCUACCCCUUCUGGGCCUGCCUUGCAAAGACAGGUGGGUGGGCACCGUGGAGCCCACAUACCCCACCCCUCCAACGCCACUAGCAUAGCUCUGCCCAGGGGCCAGUCCCUCCUCAGCCAGCUCUGUCCUAGCUUAGGAAGCAGCGUCUGUAACGCACAGCGCUAUGCACAUACGUUAACCCCGGAGUCACACUUCCCUAGCGCUGCGGGGCCAGAGUUGCACAGGCGGCAGUGGCAGGUGCUGGCAGAGAGGGGGCAGGGUUUGGUGAGCAGCUCGGUGAAUUCUCCCCAGCCUGUGAGCCUCAUGGCUCAGCUGGGUGAGGGAGAGGGGGCGGUCUAAGGCGUCUGUGAUGCACGUCACACUGCUGGGUCCCAUUCGCUGCUGCAGAAAACCCAAGAAAAAGUUUCCGUGCAGAAAUAAAAGACGGCAUCUGCAAAG